ACAUUCGAUCACGUCAUUUGGUAGUUAAUCAUUGGUUGCCGUGGCAACUGCGUUUUUCCAGUUUGGACAUUGAUUAGUCGUGUGCUACUGUGGCCGGUGUAAGGCCAAAUACAUCUUACAUGGUAACAGUCUGUGGAAGUGGACAGAGUGCAGUGUGCCUGGGCGUCAAAAGGCUUUGUGGCCGAAGUGCCAAAUUUGUGUCGCUCAUUAAUAUUGGUUAUAAACCUUGCACUGUUGCCAAAAGAGCACUGGAUAUUUUCCAUAAUCAAGAUCAAUGAGCAGUCAUUGAUCCAAGGGUUUGUGUGUUGGUCCUCAUUGAUUUAAUUGUGGAACAACAUCAUUGUUUUGAUCGAGGGUCCACCAGUCUGUAGUCAGCUUCCAUAGAUCUGCCGCUUGGUGCCAUAGAUUGGAAUCGGUUGCGGCGACCAUAUGGUCUUAUUUCAACUGUGCCAAAGUCUUUGUUGUGUUGGAAAAUCAACAUUUUGCUGAAUGCUUUUCAUAGUCCAUCGGAUGUGUGCAAAUCUGCAAGCAGUGAAUUUUGAGUGUUAAGUAUUUCCUGCCAAAAGUCUGUGGAAACCUAUGAUUGUUAUGACAAUGCUGGGAGUUCAUGUAUAACUGAAGGUCAAGGUCAGAAGAAGAGUUCAAGGCCAUUGGCGUGGGUUGGAUGUAAAAGAAUGACCGAUAGUUCAGAUACGGAAAGUACAGUCCUGAUGUCGGCCACAGCUAAGAAAGAGAAGAAGAAGCCGGAUUGGAGUCGGUUUGGACUAAAUCCGGAAAAACAGGAGGCGGGAUCUUAUCAGCGAGACACUACCCCUUCUGAUCAUCACCUCGAAGGUGGCUACGAUCAGUCAGACCCGGGAAAAGGCAAUGAACUGUUCCACGAGGAUGAGCACCUAUCCCAGAAACCCUGGUGGAAGGCUAACUUCUUCAUCUCGGAGCCAGUGUUAUUCGGGACGUGGGACGGCGUGUUCACAUCAUGUAUGAUUACCAUCCUCAGUGUUGUUAUUUUCCUCCGAAUGGGUUGGAUCGUGGGGAAUGCUGGGAUAGGCUACUCCAUCUUGGUUGUGUUGAUGAGUGUUUCUGUGGCGCUGAUCGCGGCACUGAGUGCCAUAGGUGUGUGUGAGAGAUGUCGGAUGGAGAGUGGCGGCAUCUACUUCCUCUUAUCUCAUGUCCUCGGAGCUCGUAUCGGGGGAGCGUGUGGAAUUAUUUACUGCUUCGCGCAGGCCGUAAGCUGCUCCCUGGCGGUGAUGGGAUUCGGCGAGUCAAUCAUGGUUCUGGCAGGAGAGGACAAUCCAUGGAUCGCCAGAGGUGUGGCCAUCGGUAUCACCCUCCUCCUGAUGGGCAUCAACGUGGCAGGGGUCAAGUGGGUAAUUCGUCUCCAGCUCCUGCUGCUUAUCGCGCUCUUCCUCUCCACUAUGGACCUCAUUGUGGGAUCCUUUCUUCACACAGUGCCAGAGGCAGGUGUGACGGGGUAUAGUCUUGUCAACCUGAGGAACAAUUCCGGCCCAGAUUAUCUUCCAGGAGAAAGUUUCUUCAGCAUUUUUGGCCUGUUCUUCGCCACGGUAACAGGGAUUUUGGCAGGGAUUAACAUGAGUGGAGAUCUGGCCGAUCCUUUCAACAACAUUCCCACCGGCACGUUGUCAGCUCUGGGUGUCAGCACAUGCCUGUACCUGUCUUUCACCAUUGUCCUGGGAGCGACAUGCACGAGAGCUUCCCUACAAGACGACUACAACAUUGCUGAAAAGGUAUCCAUAGUAGGCGUUCUCUGGCUGGCUGGCCUGUACAUAUCUUCUGUGUCAUCCUGUAUGAGCAGCCUCUACGGACCUCCCAGAAUCCUUCAGUCCAUCGCCAAUGAAAACACAAUCCCGAUCAUCAAGAUCCUUGGGAACGGGCGAGGCCCAAACAAGGUACCAGUCUAUGCCCUUGUGGUAAUUUUUCUCAUCGUCAUAUUGUUUAUUUUGGUUGGGCAAGUCAACACGUUAGCCCCGAUUGUAACCACUGCAUUUAUGAUGACCUAUGCGGCCAUUGACUAUUCCUACUUCGCUCUUGCCAUGAGCUACGACAAACGCCAGCAGCGAGAGUCGCGCUUUUACAAUGGAUCGCAGCAGGCAUCAAAACAGGUAGCUACUGGGCAAGCGGCACUUCCUAAUGGCAAGUCGAGUUACGGAUCCACGGGUCACAUUCCCCAAGAAACCACGCAUAAAGACUCUUUUCAAAAAUUUGCGACAGAUUUAGACAAACUGUUCCCGGAGCGUCUUCACCAGCGAGGCCACAGUCUGGUGCGACAGGGUAGCGCAGCCAGUCCAAGCGAACCCACCACUCCAGUGUCACCGGACUUUGACGCCACAAAGAAGCGCCCAUCCAUGGAUGAGUUCCGAGACACAUCACAGCUUCUGGACAGCAGUGGAGAACCGGUCCGGAAGCCCAAUACAGACAUUAUCAAAAUGCGAAGUUCGUGGUAUUCAAAGUUCUGCAACAGAUGGGUAUCGUUCCUUGGGACCUUCAUCUGUCUGGUGAUUAUGUUCAGUAUACAGUGGAUGUACGCUCUAGCGGAAGUCACUCUCUUUAUUGUGGUGUAUGUGUAUAUUGGUCAGGCCAGCCCAGGCUAUUUUCCAGGUAUUGCCGAGUUUAACCUGUACGAAUGGGUCAAAGGAAGUUUACAAAGUUGCUGCAGACGUGGCCCACCACCACCUGAACAGGUGAUUGUCACACCGAACACGCCAGCCAUGUCAACCAUGGCAUCUCAGCUGACAGAGGACAACGAAGACUUCGCAGAGAGAGGGCGUUACCACCAGUCCGAGGUUGUCCGAGAAAACGACCUUGUGGAGUAUGAUGAUGAAUAAAGUAAAGCUAAAA